UUUCAGAUAUCCUUCAAAAAAAUGAACACUCUUCAAAACUUGACAUUAAAAAUGGAUCGCCAACCAACAAUUCGAAUGAAACCUGACAAACAGCUCGACUGUAGUUUAAGUCAAGAUGACGGAGUAUGGAUGAUGGCUUCAAGCUUCAUUAUUUUCACAAUGACUGCUGGAUUUGGGUUGCUGGAAUCGGGUAGAGUGUCUUCGAAGGAUGAGGUCAAUUGUAUGGUGAAGAAUGUUUUUGAUGUGAUUUUUGGAGGACUCGCUUAUUGGAUGUUCGGCUAUGGUCUAACAUUCGGAGACUCGAAACAUCAAUUGGGAAGAUAUGUUGGUUUCGGCGACUUUUUCUUCGAUCCGGAGAGGGUGUCAGAUGAUGAUUCUACGGAUGAGAAAGGCAUUUCUUAUUCGCUUUUCAUUUUCCAAAUGAGUUUUGCAACGACUACAUCGACGAUUGUGUCAGCUGGAAUGUCCGAACGAAUCCAUUUAAAAUCACACUGCUUCAUUUCAUUCUUCAUCACACUUGUCCACUCGGUUGCGGGGCACUGGGUAUGGGACCAGGAAGGCGUUUUCCGAAUGAUGGGUGUCGUCGACUCGGCUGGAUGCAGUGCGGUCCAUUUAGUUGGGGGAGUUUCGGGACUUGUCGCCACUUUGUAUUUAAAGCCGAGGAGGAAUAGAUUCGCGAAAAAUGGAAUUCGGACAGUUAGUGAUCCGACAAAAGCGAUUCUCGGAUUUUUGAUGAUCUGGUGGGGAUGGUUGGCAUUUAAUACAUCGUCAAAUUAUGCGGUUACCCAUGGACAAUGGACAGAAGGAAUGAGAUCAGCAGUUGGGACUAUUUUGGCUUCUGCCGGUGGAGGCGUUGUAACUGUAAUAAUCACAAGACUAUCUACAAAAAAGAUACAAAUGGAUAUGCUCAUCGAUGGAAUGCUUGCGUCACUAGUGGCAAGUACGGGCGGUUGUUUGUACUUUACACCCUGGCAAGCAACAUUAGUUGGAGCAAUUGGAUCGUCUCUUGCUCUUGCAGCAUAUCCAGUGACGGAAUGGCUUAAGAUUGACGACCCAGUUGGUGUAUUUCCAGUGCAUGUAGUUGGAUCCAUAUGGGGUAUGAUUGCUCCUGCAAUCUUUGUCUAUCGAAGACCCAUGAAUUUUGGACCGCCCGAGUGUGAUUUUCAGACAUCUGACGAGAUCAACGGACUGCUCUAUGGCGGUGGCUUCUACCUUCUAUUUCUUCAAUCUUUCGUGAUAUUGGUAAUUGGAACUUAUAGUGCUAUUUGUGCAUUUAUCAUACUGUUUCUGAUUCAUCAUUCUCCAGUUGGUUUGCGUGUUGACAAGUAUACCGAAGAGCUUGGAGCAGAUCUCAUUGAGCACGGUUUGGCUGGAUUUAAUGUGAUGACUUAUACAAUUGAGAAGAAACUCGAUACAAAAACUCUAUCCGCUGUCCUUAUGAUAAUUGUUAGAUGGAGAGCCAAAGCAAAACUUGGAGCUCAGAGAAGGAAAAAGAUUCAUGAUAGUGGAUCAGUUGCACCGCAGCAAGCUGAAAGUGUCGAGAUGAAUGUCAUACAUCGGAGACAUUGACUAUUUCACCAUGAGAAGCGCCCCUCGCCUUGAUCGGGUGGAAUGCCUAAUUUGUGCCUACCGCAUGCCAACCUGAUUAUCGACAAGUCAGGCAGACUUUACUUUCCUGUUGUUGUUUUUUUUCCCAAAAUCUCAUCAUCCUGUGAAUGUUUCUCCUACGUGUAAUAAUAAAACUGUUAUAUUUU